UGUGUCCUGCUGCAGCACCUCACGGGGAGCAGUGUCCUCAGUAACUGCAUGAUAACGUGCUUCACCGGCCUCUCGAACCACCGGGGGAACCGGGUUGUGCUCCGGUCGACGACUGGGAAGAAGUCACAGUCAUGCAGCAGCAGAAGAUGUUGCCUACAGCCGCUCCAAAAGAAAAUAUCUGGGUUUUCUCUGCAAGGAAGUCGACUGGGAGUCUUUCUGGAUCCAGUUCCUGAGAUAUUGUUCAGGAUACAAAGGCUCUCCACAACUGAUUUGGGGUUCGGAUGUCAGCAUGGACAACAUCGAUGACCACUACAUUUGGCAGCGCCGUAUCCACCAUGGAAUUAGGUAUCAGAAAGUCGCAGUCCCCUUCCCAGAGUCUGUUGACAUCGGUUUGGAGUUCAAUGCGGCAUUGGAAAGGAAGGAAAAGUUAGAUCAGAGUCUGCUGACGAACGGCGUGAUGCUGGAGCUUUGUGACUUUGCCAAAACAGUGACCAAGUCUGAGAAGUAUUUCCUGUUUGAAAUGCUAGAGUUCAAUUUUGACCUCAGCCUAGACACGGACAAUGACAUGCAGUUCUAUGAGUAUGCAACACGUGUUCACAGUAAAACAAGGCAGUUGAAGGAACAAAUCAAGAUGAAACCACAAAGAUGGAAAGAAGUAUUUACACUACCAGAUCCAAACAUUAUAAUGGCGUCCGUAGGUUCAGAGUUGCCUAGACGGUACUACCCUAAGAGAAACAAAAUUGCGGAUAGUUCGGUCCUUACUGACGGGAACAAAAGCAGCCAAUCUUCAGAACGUCACAUGACGGAGAGUAAUGGGGCUGUGUGCAGUACGUUAAGUAUAAGGAGAAAAGGAACGCAAUUAAAACGAAGAGAUGAUGUUUACCCUUUCUGUAGAGAAAGCGGUGUGACUCUGGCUGUUCGACCCAAUGAGACACCCGAACAGAAGCUAGACCCAAAUCUGCUGACCAAUGGUGUGAUGCUGGAGAUGCUUGAUUUUUCCAGAGUGCUUUGUGGAGCACACACUCAGAUAAUAUACGAUUUGGUCAAGCAAAAUUUUGGCCAGGAGUUGGAUAAACUGCAGUUCCGCUUGCAAUUCCACAAACUGAUGGACAGAAAAUAUUCCUGCCUAACAGCUGAGGACAGAGACACUUUCCGCAAGGAGGCGUUUACAGUCCGGCUCAAGAAACAGGAGCAGAAGUGUAAAAAGAGACAAAACCCUGACAAACUUUACCAAGAACUGGAAACACUAAUUGUGCCCGGUAAAAGACGGGAAACACUGAGGCACAGGUACACUGAUGCCCAAGAAAUUAAUCAGGAUAGUGACCUGUCAUACAUGUGUCCAAUUGAUUUUGAGACAGAAAUGCUGUCAGGUGCCGAGGUCGGACCAGAAGAAAUCAAGUUUGAAAGCUGUUCAUCAGGAACAGCUGUAGAAACAGAGUUGGCGGUGGCACUGGAUGUAAAGCAAGAAGAAGAGGAAGUUAUUGUUUCCCCAGUGCAACCUCAGGCUAACGGCUUUGACUCUCGUUUGUUUAACUUUCAUCCAAAGGAUGAGGCAAUCUCUGGUCUGUUUUCUGACGACAAAAACAAGAACAUACACGUAAAAACACUUAAACAGAGGCUGUGGAUGAGGCGAGCUACGCGCUCAAAACAGAUCCUGAAGUCGAGCAAAGUUAAUGACUUGUUUGCCCACUGCAGAGAGAUCGGUUUAGACUUUAAUGUCAGCUCAGGCAAGAGACAGAACUUAGAUCUACAUCUACUCACCAACUGGGUGUUGUUGGAGGUUUUAAAAUUUGCAACUGCGAUGAGGAAGAGCUUACGAAGUUUCUUAUUUGACAUUCUGGACAACAACUUCAACCUUGUCCUCCAAGAUGAACUGCGUCAACGUAAUUUUAUAUUUUACAUGAUGACAAAAGAAAGGACUCUUCAGAACCAUCCUGCUAGACAGAAAACAGAGUUUCUCAGCAGUCCCUUCCAGUUCCCAGAGAUUUACAACACAGUUGAUGUGACCAGCAGUUUUCAAACUGAACAGGAACUUGAAACAGAGCAGCACAUAAACUGGGAUUCAUCAUUCUCAGCUACAAGCCAGCGGACAGAUGCGGAGCCUCACCCAUUCUGUAAAAAGUUAGGUCUCAAUCUUUGGUCGACAGAAGAACAUCCGGCCAGCCAGAAGCUUGAUCUGAGUGACCUGACCACAGGCGCUGUGUUUGAAAUAUUCAGCUUUGUCCGAGAGCUGUGCGGAGCGGUCCAUGAGACAGUUAAUGACAUCCUCGAGCACAAUUUUGAUCUUGAUCUGCAGAGUGGUGCGACCGAGGCCUCGCAGGUGAUCCAGAGAUGGUACAUGACACAGAAAAGCUUGAUGAAAAAGCAAAACAUAACGCCGAAGAUAAACUGCUGGUUGAACAUGGUUGUCCCACUGAAUGGUCAUUCACAGCUCAGUCCACAACCACCGACGAGCAACUGUCUGAAGCAUCUGGACUCAGGAAGUUUAAGUCUAGGCACAGAAAGGAGGGAUUGCAGUGGAAAUGUGCAACAGGUGAAAAAGAUCAACAGCUAUCACCUCUGCAAAGAAAUAGGAUUGGGCCUUGAUGUUGCCUCAAAACCAGAGGCCAAAACAAAACUCGAUUUGAGACUGCUGACAAGAGGAGUCCUCUUUGAGAUGCACCAGUAUGUGGAACAAAACUGCAACCGUUACGUUCCCGCUCUGUACGAGAUUCUGGAGUACAACUUUGACUUGAGCUCUCAGAGUCACCGGAAGGUGGAGUUCGCCUGGUCCAUCGCCUCUCAGGUGAUCGCCAUGGCAGGGAAAAACGGCAGAAAGGGAGAUUAUCUGAAAACGGUGUUUGAACUGCCCAUGGAGUUCUCAGAGUCCUCGCAGGUCGUCUGUAAAGAGGAGCCAGAGGACGGCUCCGACGAGCCAGACCUUAAUGAUGAUGACGACAUCAUGUUUGUCCGAAAACUGAAGCCUGUUGACAUUGAGGUAGAGGUAGAAUAGAGUCAUAACUCCUGUUUCCACUUUAGAAAAUCAGUGUUGAGAGUAGGGCUGCAACUAACAAUGAUUGUUCAAUUAUUGUUAUUUUGUCAAUUGAUGUAUGGCUGAAACAAUUAAUCGAUUGGUUGAUCGUCAGAAAAAUAAUCUGCAACUGCUUUGAUGAUCGAGAUGCCACCUUGAUAUGAUUUGACCAAUUUUUCAUUAUUUUUGACAUUUAACAGACUAACGACCUAAAAUAAUGGGCAAUAAUCAUCAGCUGCAGCCUGAUGAAUCUACUAUGAAGUGCCUAAAAAUAAUUUUUUUUAAAUGACAAUCUUUGAAAUCACAGUUUACUGAAACCCAAGGUGUGACGUAUUCAGAUCACGUGUUUCGUCCAACCAGGAGUCUAAAACCUAAAGCUUCAGUUUACUGUCACGUAAAACAAAAGAAAAACAAUAACUCCUCACAUUGUAGCAGCUGGAACCGGACUGUGUUUGGAAUCGUUGCAUGAAAAAUAACAUAACUAAAUCAAUUGGAAAAAAAAAAACAGUUGCGUAUUUGUUUGUCAGUUGAUUGAUCGAUUAAUUGUUUCACCACUAAAAAGCUGUAAACACCUCUCUGUCUCACAGUUUCUCUGAAGGUGGGAUUUUUUGCACAGUAUUCAACUGCAUUGAUUUUGACCCGGUGUACCUAAUAAACUGAAGGUGAAUAUCAGUAUUGCUCUUGAUUAUCAGUCCCUACUUCUGACGGAAGAAAAGUUUCCUGGAUGAUGUGGGUAAACACUGUUUAAGAAAUACAGCGACUGCGACUUUAAAUGUGCACCUUCAUAAUGGUGACCGACUUGUUCAGCUGCUCGUUAUAAUUAAUUACAUAACUAAUACUGAACAUUUAAGAUGAUGUAAUUUGUAUUUUAAUUGUUUAAAUACAAUACAUAGAAAAAAUAAUGAAAUGAUCAUUAAAC